GAUGAUGGACAUGGAGCAGGACACCUCACCUCUGGACAACGGCGCUAAAGCAGUCCCCGAUAAAGUGGUGAAAGAUGAAAAGGAGGUGACGGCUGGUGAGGUUGAGAACGAUCAAAACACCAACAACACCGACGAACUGGAUGAAGAAAAGGAAGAUGUUAAGACAGACGAUAAGAGGGAAGAGGAAGAGGAGGAUGAGGAAGAGGACGAGGAAUGUGUAGAAAUGGAGGGAGAUGAUCAGCAGUACAACAUGGACCAGGAAGUUGGACGCGAGAUCACGCUGGAUGAUCUCAAGGACAUGGAUUACAAAACAGAGAUGAACACGACGAAAGAGUACCAGCCGUAUGAUGAGAGCAUGGUGGAGGGUGAGUCACUCGGAGAAGAGGACGAUGAGGAGGACGACUUUAAUGAGGAGAAGAUAGGCGCCCGCACCAUUAACUAUACUGGACCUGAGACAGAGCAGGAAAUGACAACUGAUGCGCCUGGUAAAGCAGAGAAGGUCAAACCUAGCGAUACGGAGAAACCUGCUCCCUACCCAACUAAAAAGAGAAUCACAUACAAGUGUUCUGUGUGCAAACAUCGGACACUCCACAAACCCGACAUGAUCAACCACAUGAAGGUCCACAAGACUCCUAAGGUCACCAAGAACUACCGUUGUUCAGUUUGCAAUUACAGCUCCACCGAUAGAAAUGUCCUGGUGAAGCACAUUGCUGUCCACAACGGUGGGAAACCUUACCAGUGUAGAUCCUGUAACUUCGAGACAACCCGCAGUUCCCACUUAGUAGAACACUGCAAAAUCCACUCCGGUGACAAACCCCACAAAUGUCCGCUGUGCGACUACAGCUCUGCACGCAAGUCCGACUUAACUCGGCACAAUCGCAUCCACACUGGCGAAAACCUCUACAGAUGUCAGCACUGCGACUACACCACCAUCCGAAACUCGGAUCUUGUGAGGCACACUCGCAUCCACACUGGGGAGAACCUCUUCCGCUGCAAAUAUUGCGACUACAAGAGUGUCCGUAACUCGGAUCUCAUUCGACACACUCGCACUCAUACUAAGUGAAAUAGUGCUCUACUCUUAUUGCAGCUGUGUGAGAAUCAUUUCUCGCGCUCUAGCCGUUAUCCUCAUCGCCUCGGACUAUCAUUUUCAGCGGAUAUAUUGAUUUUUUGAAACUUUAUCAAUACAAAUUUAAAUUGGGAAAAAAUGCCCAAAAUUGAUGUAAAAGUGUUAUAGACUCCCCGAUAUAGUCUUAAAUAAUUAUACAUACUAUCAGCUUUUGGUAUGUAGUGUGGAGUAUACUAGUGAUCUGGCUAAUUCUUGUUUAGUUGUUUGGCAGCUGUGUGGUAAUUAAUAACUACAGUACAGUGAAGCAAUAAAUUGGUAUAACUUUCAUUUGGUUUAAAUCCGUAUUUUAAUUGCAUGUUGUCUGUUUACGUGGCCAAGUCACGUUUGAUUUAAGUUUAUGACAUGACAUCUGCUGUUUGCUGUUUCUUUAAUUUAAUUCCUUGAAACAUUCAACUUGAAAAUCGUUGCCAAUCCAAUUAUAUCUCAUCAUAUCAGUUGCCUCAAAUUUUCCUUCGCUCCAUUUUCAUGUAAUUAACCGUUUAUACUUCAUCAAUCAUCAUGAUACCAUGCGACUUUGGCCUAUGAUCGUUCUAGUUUGAGUCAGUAAAAUAAACCCGCUGUUUCAAGAUGAUGAACUAUUCUUUUAUUUUUAGCAAUUAAAAUUAUCUUUUAAUCUACAAUUAUAAUUAUAUAAAUGGUAUGUUAUGAAUACUAUAUUCCCAUUUCCCCGCCAGUACUCUUGAAUAGUGAUAAUACAGCUACCGUGUGAGUGAUUACAGUAACAGUUUCUUGGAGCCCACAUAGUAUGUAUUUAUUAUGUGUUAAAGUUAUA